AUGUCCUCCCAUAUCCCCGUCGAGAUUCUCUGCGAAAUCUUCGAACACUACAUUCCUCCCUAUCCCGAAUGCCCGCCGUUGCUCGGUCCCGGCUCGCCAGCAAAUCUCGCCCAGGUUUGCGCGCGGUGGCGCAGCAUCGCCCUCGACGUAUGCUGGCUCUGGCGGGCAAUCGAGCUCGACUUGGAUCCCUGGCGUUCCUCCCUCUCAAUGUCGACCAUUCCUACCCUCUGCGAGAUGGCCAAAACCUCCCUGGCGCGUUCUGGUCCGCUCCCACUCUCGAUCAUCUUUCGCUGCCCGCCGUCCGUUAAGGAGUCAGUCUUGUCUCUCGCGUUCGGAAUUCUUCUCGCCCAUUGCGCAAGAUGGCAACAUGCCAGCAUAACUAUCCCUGCGGCUCUGUCGCUCGAAGAACGCUAUGACGACGAGCCCCGCGACAUGCCGCUUCUCCGCCAGCUCCAGAUUCGCGCCGCGGACGGUCUUGCUGAACAUGACCUGCUCUUUCUGCGCGCUCCUCAAAUCCAGACGCUCGGAGUUCGUUUCACCAGCCACCCAUUUGCUGUCGCAGACUUAUUCGCAUCGUACGCCUGGAAGCAACUGACGACCCUUAAAUUGGACAGAACCUCUGUCGACUACGCAGCUGCGGUGCUGCCGCUUACCCCGGCACUCGAGCGCUGCUGGCUGCAGAUCUGGCAACGUCCCGACAAUCUGCGCUGGCCGCCCACAUUCUCGCCUAUCCAUCUGCCCAAGUUGAAGACGUUCAUUAUCGACGCAACGAAGGUACCAGGGGCCAAAACAGCAAAGGAGGCGAACCGGCUGCUCGACGUACUCGUCCUCCCCACCCUGCACUGUCUCGCCAUCGCCGACUCGUUCGUCGCUGCUCUUUCCCACGCUGGCCCCGGUAUGCAUGCGGCUUAUCUAGAUGCCCUCGCGUUCCUCGUCCAGCGGUGGGGCUGCUUCACGUCGCUUGAAAAGAUGUCCAUUUUGCACUGGCCAGAGAAAAACAAGAUCACGCGCGGCGACAUUAUGGCGGCAUUGCCCUCAGUUACGCAUCUCGAGCUUGAUCAAAUGGCAAAUACUACUGCAGGCCAGUGGCGCCCCGCUGCAGAGGAUUUUGAUUGUCGGAGCGUUGAGCCGGUGGAGUGGUAG